AUGGCAGCCCAAUCGAAGCUGCUCCCUCCAGGGCGUACUGUCAAACAACUCAUUUCCGAACUGACCUCCCUCUACCUCAGACAUCGCACCAAGAUAUCCCGGACAGUCUUCAUUACCCUGGUCGCUGCGCUGAUCCAUCGAAUACACAAUGCCAUCUCGGAGCAGAAGGCUGCCGUUCGAAGGCAAGCCGAGAUUCGAGCCCAGCAAUCCGCCACGAUAGGGGACGCAGAUGCGGCGGGCCAGGAACAGAAGAAGAAAAGAGUGGAAAUAAACAGAGAGUUCUUUCGCAACCUUCUUCGUCUAUUGAAGAUUGUCAUACCCGGCUGGCGGAGUAAAGAACUGCGACUGCUGGUCAGCCAUAGCGUCUUCCUCGUUUUUCGCACCCUUCUCUCCUUAUAUGUCGCCGAUCUGGAUGGCAAAGUUGUUUCCGCGUUGGUCAAAGGCCGUGGCAGAGACUUCGUGCUCGGUCUAGUAUGGUGGAUGCUGGUUGCUGUGCCUGCGACCUUCACCAACUCCAUGCUGCAAUAUCAUCAAACCAGGCUCGCACUUGCUUACCGGACACGGUUAACGAACCACAUCCAUGAGACGUAUCUGAACAACAUGACAUUCUAUGCCCUUUCGGCGUUGGAUGAUCGAAUCAAGAACCCUGAUCAACUCAUCACUGUUGAUGUCGCGCGAUUUAGCAAUUCGCUGGCCGAAUUAUAUUCGAAUCUUGCCAAACCCAUCCUCGAUAUGGUAAUUUACAACUACUCAUUAUCCAAAUCCGUGGGCGGAGAGGGUCUGUUUGCGAUGGCUCUACUGGUUCAAGUAUCUGCCAAUGUCAUGCGUGCACUUACGCCCCCUUUCGGGAAAUACGUGGCAGACGAGGCAAGAUUAGAGGGAGAAUUCCGAUUCCAACAUACUCGGCUCAUCGAUUACAGUGAAGAAGUCGCUUUGUACUUCGGACAUGAAGCCGAGAAGGAUACCUUGGACAAAGGUUACUUUACAUUGAUCAAACAUGUCAAUCGCAUAUUACGAAGGAGAUUCUAUCAUGGACUCAUGGAGGAUUUCGUCAUCAAGUACUUCUGGGGCGCCUUGGGUCUCAUCUUGUGCUCCCUUCCAGUCUUCUUCAAAAUCCCUGGUCAAACCUUACAGGCAGCUGGCGAUCACACUGAAAGCUUUGUCAAGAACAGACGAAUGUUACUCAGCAGCUCCGAUGCAUUUGGACGAAUCAUGUUCUCCUACAAGGAAAUCACCGAGUUGGCCGGUUACACUUCUAGAGUGGCAGGACUCCUGGAUGUCAUGGACGAUGUCUCAGCCGGCCAUUUCGAGAAAAAAUUGGUUAGCUCUGCGAGCACCCAGGAAAAUGCUGCAGUAUUGAAAGGCCGCGGGACCAUCGAAGAAAGCGAGAAUAUCGAAUUCACAGAUGUUCCUAUCGUCAGCCCCAACGGCGAUGUUCUCAUUAAGAAACUGAGCUUCCGCAUCAGACCAGGCGACCAUCUCCUCAUUGUGGGGCCGAAUGGCUGCGGCAAGUCAAGCUUGUUCCGCAUCCUCGGCGGCCUGUGGCCCGUCUAUGGUGGAAAAGUAAAGAAACCUAGCUUCGAAGACAUCUUCUACAUCCCUCAACGUCCAUACCUCAGUCGUGGUACCCUCCGGGACCAGAUUAUCUAUCCCGACACUCUGUACGAAUUCCGAGCGAAGAAUGGCUCGGAAGGAGACUUGAAGGAAAUUCUGGAAAUUCUGGAAAUCGAGUCUGUCCUCAACCGGCCGAAUGGCUGGGAUGCCGUCGAAGAAUGGAGAGACGUCUUCUCGGGCGGUCUACAGCAGCGCAUCGCAAUGGCCAGGCUCUUCUACCACAAGCCCAAGUAUGCUAUUCUGGACGAAUGCACUAGCUCGGUCACUCUCGAGAUGGAGCGAAAAAUGUACGAGACUGCCAAAAGCCUGGGCACUACCUUGAUGACGGUGUCUCAUCGCCGAAGUUUGUGGAAGUAUCAUAGCAUGAUUCUCCAAUUUGACGGUCAAGGUCAUUAUGUCUUCAGCAAACUAGAUGCGGAAAGGAGAAUCAAACUCGAAGACGAAAAAGAGGAGCUCGAAACACUGCUGCGUGGCGUGGAAGGAUGGAAGGCCAGACUAACGGAGCUAAACGGAUAA